GAAGAAAAAAAUAACAAAUUUGUCAAGAGUGUGAAGAGAAAGAAAGAACAAGUGAAAAACCUCUCACAGAGUCACAGGCACAGCAGCCAGCACAUACUGUUCACUUGGAUGAGAGAGAAAGUGAAAGGACACAAGGUUUGUUACCGUCAGCGGAAUCAAAGUAUCUCUUCAAUUUGAGGAAACGCCGCAGAAAUAAUAAUAUACACCUUCACGAUAGUUUUCAUAGUUAUUGCAUUAAGGAUACGGACUGCAUUUACGUGCAGCUAGCGUGGGGUUUGGUUGCCAGACAUAUUGUGUCUGUCUACUUGUUGUAGAAAAGCGAUUUGAGGUUGGUAUACUUUUAGUAGAUUAAGAAAAUUGGGGGAGAAGGGAUUGCAAGCGUUGUGUCUCAUGGUUUCUAUCUAAGUCCUUUUGGGUGAGAGACGAUGUGAAUUUGUUGGACUUGCAAAGUUCAGAGAGCAGCUGUAGUUAAGCAGUUGGAAAUAGAAUUGGAUAUGAGUAUGCUGAAGGGAACAUGCUUCAGCCAAGGCAAGCUGAUUUACCUGCCCUGUUUCUGGUCCUGGUUGUGCUACCUGUGGUUUUGUACAUCUUACUUGGCAAAUGGAGUGAGGCUUCAAAUAAAAAAGAGAGGAUAAAUUUAAUUGUUGAAGAGGCAUUUGUGGAUUCGUUCAGACCAGAAGCAAUGGCAGCUGCCAGUGUUAUACCUCCUGCUGCACCUACUGCAAUUGCUGCUUUUCGGGAGUGCGCUAGAUGCCGUGGCCCAGCAACCACACGUUGCUCUAGAUGCAAGUCUGUGAGAUACUGUUCUGGGAGGUGUCAGAUAAUUCACUGGAGGCAAGGUCACAAAGAACAGUGCCAGCCAAUUGAUGAUAUUUACUCAUCUUUUGAACCUGCUUCAAUAGAAGAAGAUGAUAUUGGGAGAGAAUUUUGUCACAAAGGUGCAUAUCAUCAGUUGAAUGGCUGUCCAUCACAGCUCCCUGAUGCCAAUUCUACUGGUGAUUCCCCUGCUGAUACUUCAGCUUCUUUGGGUGCUUGUCAGAUGUCAAUUCGAGAAAGGACAACCUCAGAAAAGCGAGUUUCACGUAAAUCUUCUAAGAAAAUGUUGGAUAGCAAAGAUAGAGCAGCACCUAAUCUCACUGAUGUCUACUUGAGGAGUAUCCCAGAUCCUUCAAAAGAGGACUGUACUAGGCAUAAGUUAAGAGGUAGGGACUCUACAAAGUCAGAGGAAGGUUUUUCAGAAAUUCCUGCCACCAAUGGUUCUGCGACAUGUGAUAUAUAUACCGAUCGGAGAGCUGCAUCGCAGCAAAGUUCCGGAAUCAAUAGUCAAACAAGAGAAUCAUUCUCUUCUGUUGAAAGGGGCAUGAACACGAACAAAGUGGCUUCAGGCUACACCUUACCAAUCAGAGAAGUAAGCAACUCUAGCGAAGAAGUUUCCAAUCGGAGUGUUUUCUCUCAUAUGGUCCCAAAAAGCGAGAACAUUAGACCAAAAAGUGCAGUAGACUCUGAAUGCUUCAAAUUGUCUGAAUCUGCAAAAUCAAUGACUAGAGCAGCAAGAGAACAAACGCACUUGGACAAAGUGAGGAAGAGACAUGGAUUUGGUACAUCAGUUCCAGGAAUGUGCAAUGUCACCUCGGUAUAUGAACCCAAUAGUAUCACAAGCAUUGGACCAAUGAAGGCUGUUGGUCUAAAGAAGUUAUCAAAGAUAUCCAGAAAGGCUACCUCAGAAAUAGAUACUGGUGACUGCCAUGAAAUGAAGGUGCUAUUCCCUUUCAAAGAGUUCACAAGGCUCUUUGAACUUGAGGUCUUUGGCUUGGUGCCUAGAGGCCUUCUAAAUUGUGGAAAUAGCUGCUAUGCAAAUGCCGUGCUGCAGUGUUUAACCUGCACAAAACCUCUUGUCGUCUACCUGCUGAGCCGAACACAUUCAAGAACCUGCUCCCUUAAUAAUUGGUGCCUAAUGUGUGAGCUUGAGCAACAUGUACAUAUGUUAAGAGAUGCUGAAGGGCCUUUGUCUCCCAGCAGAAUUUUAAGUCACAUACGGAGUAUAAAUUGCCAGAUAGGUGAUGGAAGUCAGGAAGACGCACAUGAAUUUUUGAGGCUUCUAGUUGCAUCAAUGCAGUCAAUAUGUCUAGAGGAAGUGGGUGGUGAGAACCAGGUUCAUCCCAUUUUGCAGGAAACGACAUUUGUUCAGCAAACAUUUGGUGGGAGCCUUAGAUCAAUGGUUGUAUGUUUGAGAUGCCGCCAUGAAUCAGAACGAUAUGAGAACAUUAUGGAUCUGACAUUGGAGAUCUUUGGGUGGGUUGAAUCACUGGAAGAUGCACUCACUCAGUUUACUACUCCUGAAGAUCUGGAUGGAGAAAACAUGUACAGAUGUGGAAGGUGCGCUUCUUAUGUUCGGGCCAGAAAGCAGUUGAGCAUAGAUGAGGCUCCAAACAUUCUUACAAUUGUUUUGAAGAGGUUUCAGGAAGGGAACUAUGGCAAGAUAAACAAAUGCAUUACAUUUCCAGAGAUGUUGGAUAUGGUCCCAUUUAUGACAGGGACAAACGACAGCCCUCCGCUUUACAUGCUCUAUGGUGUGGUUGUGCACGUGGAUACACUAAAUGCAUCUUUCUCUGGACAUUAUGUAUCUUAUGUGAAGGAUCUGCAGGGAAAUUGGUUCAGAAUAGAUGAUACAGUGGUCCAGCCAGUGCUCAUGAGCCAAGUGAUGUCGGAAGGAGCAUAUAUCUUGUUCUACAUGAGGUCUUUUCCUCGACCACCACGAGCUUAUAUAAAGAAUGCUAGAAAGCAGCAAGGUGUCAAGUCUUCACGGCCCUGUAUGUCUAAAACUCGUAAUAUUUCAAAUAUAGGACUAGAUAUUCACAGAGCCAACAGUAGAUCCAAUCAGGCCAUCAAAACUUAUGCAGAUCCAGAGUUUAUGGAAUUUUCUGAUGCCACAACCAGUGAUUGGUCCCUUUUUACUAGUUCAGAUGAAGCAUCUUUUACUAGUGAAAGUACACGAGAUUCAUUCAGUACUGAUAAUGGUAUUGUUGAUCCAUUAUCCUCAAUGCUCGGUAUCCAUUCUACUCGUGACCGCCCCUCUCAAAGAAUGGUUUCAUGUAGAAUGUUUUCAGGCAGCAAGCCGGUGACAAUAUACGUUUCUGAGCAGAAGGGGUAUGUUUUAGAUUCAGACCAUGCAGUGUAUCCUGUCAAUAAUAUGGAAGUAGGGGAAAAUAUGAGGCAGGUUAGUCUUCCUUUUAAUGAAGCUUUCCUGCCUGACAGUGAGUACCAAAGUUUUGUAAAUUAUGAGAGUACCGCCAGUGAUAGUUUUUAUCAAACUUUUACUAAUGUUAAGCUCUGAUAAUGUGAUUUUACAUUUACCAGCAGAUAGCUGUUAGCCUGCUAAGAACCGUGCCCCAAUUUUUUUUUCCCAUUUCAAUAUACUUGUUGAAUGGGGGCAACUGUCAAUAUUGUAGCUCUAUAAAUAUUUGGCUCACUAUCUCAGUUACUGACAGAAAUGUCAAUUGUUGAAUGUUA